GCCAGUAGUCGGAGUGGAGUCUCACUGCUGCCCUGCCACACCACUACUCCCGGCGGAGGGAGGAGACCUAUGAUAUGAUAUUAUCAUCAUUGACAUCCAUGACAUCUUUCCCCUGGCCCAGCCACAUAUUAUUAUUAUUAUUGUUGUUGUUGUUGUUGUUGUUCUUGUUGUCAGGCAGGACGGAUUCUCUCCCUUCGCAGUGCCCGACUCGCCCAUCAGUCCUCUGCCUCGCGCAGUCCUCUACAACAACCCUCCCCCUGCCGUGCCCACCCGGCCCAGGAACCCAUGAUCCACUACGGCCGCAACCCCCGUUCCCGACGGCCGACGAGGUGAUGGAGCGGGAUUAUUUGUGUCGGGUCUGAUUCAGGUCAGGGCCGGCAUGACAGAUUUAUGAACGGUCGAUUCUGGUGCCCACGGCUCUGGUUGAUGGUUUACGGUUUACGGCUUAUGUCUGAUGUCUUA